AUGUGUCACUACGUUCAGCAUUGUUGGUUGGUCCUGAGGACCCUGGCGGGGUUCACUCUCUACAUCGCGGACUUCGUCACCGACGUCAUCCUAGCGGCGGAAUAUUACAGGAACGGCGACUACUACUGGUUCGGCCUCACGCUGGGGUUCGCCUUGGUUCCUCAGAUCAUUGUAAACAUCGUCUUAGCGUACCUGGAUGGCUGCGAGUGGUACUACCUGCCACUACUCCCGCUAGGCGUCCCUGCCAAGUACUUCCAGGUCCUGCACGGUUUAUUCUGUUGCAAACACAAACCCGAGGACAUCUUGGAGUCAAGAGAGAAAGAAGACCAGGACGACCAGGAGCCCGUGCCUCGCGCCGUGAACCACCUCCUACCGCUGGCCAGACUCGUCGGCACCCUGCUCGAGUCCCUGCCGGAACUCUGUCUGCAGAUUUACGUCCUCGUCCGGACGGGACAGCUGAGUAGCCUCGAGAUACCGGCCCUGAAGGCCGUCACCAUGGCGGUAUCCUUCCUAGCCUCGCUCUACUCCAUCAUUGAGUGGGAGACUCACUUCCCUAAAGUUGUGGCCUGUAUUUGGGGCCCGCUUGUCUUUCUAUGGAAAAUCGUCGACCUGUCGGCUCGGAUAUUAGCUUUCUGCCUGUUCGCAUCCAUCUAUAACGUUAGAUACUGGGUGUUUGUGGUGAUAGGUGGACACUGGUUGGUAAUGGCAGGGGUGGAAAAUUACUUCUGUCUGUAUUUGGUGAAAGGUAAAGCUUGGAUGGAAUCAGGAGCCGAUGUGAUCUCAGACAGUAACUGCUAUGUGCAGUUUAUGUUUAACACGUUCGUGGUAGCGCCAGUGGAUGUGUUUACCUGGGUCACGUUUGGUUCCAGACAGCGGAGAAAAGAACAGCCCAUUGUUAACAAUGUACUCAUGUUGGCUGCAAACAUAGUGAUGGUAUUAGCGUGGUAUUUUGAAAAGAACAUUGAGUCUUGGUACGAUGACUAUGCUCUGGUUGUGGUAUUUGGGGGGUCAGUGGCAUCUGUAGUGUUCCAGAUGAUGUACUUUGUGUGUUACAGACCAUGUUGCGCAUGUAGUCCCAUAGAAGAUGUGUAG